CAAUUCGCUCUCUGCUUAUCUACCUCCCUAGGUAACAACAGACUGCAUUUCAUCACUUGCGCAUCCCCAGUACAUCGGCCUCCUUGUACGCUCUUGCGCCCAUAACACAGCAAGAACUUCGUCCUGCUACAGAAUAUUUAGUACCAAGCUGCGCGAUCUGAUCGCCAGGUGACUACCGUCAAAAUGGCCUCUUCCUCAUCUCAAACGCCGCUCCUCUACUCCUGCAUCGCACAUAACACAACUAUCCUCUCAGAAUGCACGACCUCGGCCUCUUCCCAGACCUCGUCCCUCUCAUCCCUGAUCCUGCCCAAAAUCAACCACGACAGCCCCCAGAAGCUAACGUAUACGCACGGCACGAACCACAUCCACUACAUAUCAGAGGCGCCGGAGGGGCAUCCGUCCAACGCCUCGGCGGGCGGCCUGACCUUCAUGGUAAUCGCCGAGUCGUCGCUAGGUCGCCGCGUGCCCUUCGGCUUCCUCUUCGAAAUCCGCCGGCGCUUCUUCGACGAGUUCGACGCCGAGCGCUCUGACUUUGCCGACAUGCCUAACUACGGUGCGGGCUCCUUCAACGCCGAGCUCAAGAAGCUUAUGGUGGAGUUUGGCACCACGAGCGGGGGGCGCGAGGACGCCAUCAGCAAUGUCCAGCGCGAGAUUGAUGACGUCAAGGGCAUCAUGACGCGAAAUAUCGAGGGCCUACUGGAGAGGGGCGAGAGGAUCGACUUACUGGUCGACAAGACGGAUCGCCUGGGAGGUAGUGCACGGGAGUUCCGAGUCCGGAGUCGCGGCUUGAAGAGGAGGAUGUGGUGGAAGAAUGUCAAGUUGAUGAGCCUUCUUGUGCUCGUGGUCGUCUUGAUCAUUGUGACCAUCGUAAUUGCCGUGAAGAAUGCUACAUAACGUGGGAAACACGAUGGUCUCAGGGAGCGAAGCUACAGAGCACUGCGACAUGCUUUAACGGCGUUCUUAAAGGCCCCGGUUUGGGCUGGUACUCAUUACCCGGAGGACGUUGAAUAGGACAGGACACGUAAAAUGUCUUCCGAGGCACCAUUCUUUUUGUUUAAGUGAAUAUCUCAACAUGGAGGUCUCAACCCGAGUUUGCAUGUAUUAAUCCAUUGUAUAUAAAUUUACCCUUUUCAAAUUGCAGGGCAACAAAAAUCAU